CGAUCGUAGCAGGUUGGAUUUACCCCGUUUGUCACUGAGAAUAUAGCCUUGCCCAAUUUACGUUUUACAGUGAAAUAUUCACGUUGCUUCCACCUGUUCGUUUUUUCAGUGAACCUUGAAAGCAACAAAAAAUCACAGCGUUAGAUUGGUUGUGAUUCAUUUUCUAUAAUACAGCGUUACAUUGCUGACAUUUCUUACAUUAAACACGCGACGGUAAGGUAUGGCGUUUUUGAGAACGGUGCCGCGUUGCAGUGCCGGUAAAAAGCUAAGGAAGUGUCUACCACUUCCUGUCGGGUUUCUUGAGAACGUAACGAAGCCAUCGGUGCAGUUGGUGCAGGUGCACGAACGUGAUUACACUGGCACUACUCCUGACGUGAAGCCGGUUCCACGACAGAUUGAUCCUUUGGAUUUGAAGUUUAACGAUCCGACUGCAGCUUUUAAGAGUAAAACCACAAAAGAACUGCUCCGUGCUUACGUCGUUUAUCAACUAUGUUCAAUGGAGUAUAUCGCCGAGAACAAUAUGAAGCUGAUGAAAUUGGCCAAGCAGAUACUUGGCGAGAAACUUUUCACGAAGCUUAUGAAAGCUACAUUUUAUGGUCACUUUGUCGCUGGCGAAGAUGAGGUGCAGAUCACUCCUGUCCUGGACAGGUUGCGUCAAUUUGGAGUGAAACCCAUUCUUGAUUAUUCUGUCGAGGAGGAUAUCUCUCAGGAAGAGGCGGAACGACGAGAAAUACAGAGUUCCGUGUCAGAAGCUGGAGAUGAGAAGAGAGAAGGACCUCUGAAGAAGUACCAUGUAGCAAAACCGUUCGCCGAUCGACGAUACAAAGUAUCCUCAGCAAGAACGUACUUCUACCUUAAUGAAGCCAAUUGCGAACGAAACAUGGACAUAUUUAUUCGGUGCCUCGAGUCUGUAGCUGCUGCUUCAAUGGGUGUUGGCUUCACUGCUAUCAAAUUAACUGCCCUUGGCCGUCCACAGCUUUUGCUUCAAUUAUCGGAAGUAAUUAUGCGAGCCCGACAAUACAUGUCGGAUGUAGUUGGUGGUGAAGGUGCCGUCUUAACUCAUCACGCCAAGCCUGAUGACUUCAUGAAAAAAUUCGAGCAUGCACGUAUUGAAGACGUGGCGCAAGUGCAAAAGUUUCUUCAAAAGAUUCAAUCGGAUAAAGAGGGUGUCAUUCACUUGUUCCCAUGGAGUGGAAUUCUAGACGAGAACUACGAGCUCAGCGAAACGUUCCAAGUACCAGAUAUUAAAACGGGAAAGAUGGUGAGGCUUAUGUCGCAGCUCACAUCCAAAGAGGAAGAAAUGUUCAGGAACAUGAUAAGGCGUCUCAAUAAUAUCGUUACGGUGGCCGAUAAAUUAGACGUACGUAUAAUGAUAGAUGCCGAACAAACGUAUUUCCAACCUGCGAUUUCGCGGUUAACGUUGGAGAUGAUGCGCAAGUACAAUACACGUAAGGCCGUGGUGUUCAACACUUACCAGACAUACUUGCAAGAAGCUUAUAAUGAAGUGAAAACGGAUCUAGAACAGGCGGAACGUCAAAACUUCUACUUCGGUGCUAAACUUGUCCGUGGCGCGUACAUCGAACAGGAGAGGGCGAGAGCAGCGGCGAUGGGUUAUCCUGAUCCAACGAAUCCUACCUUUGACGCUACAACCGAAUCUUAUCAUAGAACUCUGAUGGAGUGCUUAAGGCGGAUGAAACAGUACAAAGACAAAGGGGAAGAUCCGAAGAAAAUAGGAAUUAUGGUUGCAUCCCAUAACGAGGACACAGUACGUUUUGCGAUUGAAAAAAUGAAGGAAAUAGGAAUCUCACCAGAGGAUAAAGUCAUCUGUUUUGGCCAGUUGUUGGGAAUGUGUGACUACAUAACAUUUCCAUUAGGUCAAUCUGGAUACUCAGCGUACAAAUAUAUUCCUUAUGGUCCAGUCAAAGAAGUAUUACCAUAUCUUUCUCGACGUGCACAAGAGAAUCGAGGUAUACUUAAGAAGAUUAAGAAAGAGAAACGUCUUUUGCUAUCCGAAAUUAUGAGGCGCUUCGUGAGUGGGCAGAUAUUCUACAAACCGAAGGGAAACUAUACUCCCGUCUGA